CUGGUAACAGAAAGCGUCGCUAGGAAGUGAAUAGUGCGAUGAGUUCGCGGCAAAAAAAUAGCUUUUUUGAGGCAAUCUACGGCGAAAGUUUACGAAUACCGGGAACGGGAGUACAGUUUAUCUGUGAGAAGAAGGGAGUAAAGUUGUCUAAUUUAUCACAAUUAUGCGUCGUCGAGUACUAGCUAGCUCAUUCACAUCUAGUGGCAUGAGAGAUAAAACAAGAUUAAGUUAGCAAGCUAGCUAGCCAGCUGCUAGCUAGCUUAGUAGUCAUAGUCAAUUACGCACCCCAGCUGGGCAGCAGAAGGUGGUUGACAGUUGAAGAAUAACACUACCCUAAUCUGCUCAUAUGGGUUGGGGACCUGGGUGGUAGCUCUGCUUGCUUCCACAGCCAGGUUGUUCUGACACAAACAUGGGGAAACUUCAGAGCAAGUUCCGAAGGUCGCGCUCUGAACUGUACAGGGCGACCAAAGGUGAUGGCGAGGAUGCUGCUGUUAGUCAGGUGAUACAGUAUGAACCCGCCCACCGUGAUGCCGUCAACUGUGUCACCAACCUGACCUCAGACCUCUGUGUGUCUGGAGGAGGUGACAUGGCAGUGGUUGUGUAUGACUGGAGAGGAGGGAAGUUAUGUCAGUCAUUCCAAGGUCACAACAGAGAGGUUACCAAGGUGGAGUGUUUUCCUGGAAGCACUUGGAUAUUUAGUGCGUCUCGAGACAAGAGUGUUAUGAUGUGGGAUCUCAACCAGGGGGACGAGCCCAUCCAGGAGUUCUGUGGCCAUGAGCUGGUGGUCAACGGGCUGGCCGUCAGUCCAGAUGGGUCGAGGCUGUGCACUGGUUCCCGUGACAACUCCAUGUGCCUCUGGGACAUUGAGUCUGGCGAGCGUGUGCAUAAGAACACAGUCUCCAGAAACCUGGUUACUCAUGUGUGCUGGGUACCUGAGAGCAGCUCCAUCGUUCAGACAUCCGAGGAUAAAACCAUCAGGGUGUGGGACAGUCGUACCUGGCAGGUCACUAACACGUUCCCAGCCAAGCAAUACAUCCAGACACACUGUGACAUCAGCGCCAACGGCAACCACCUCCUGUCCAGCAGCAAUGGCUUCGGAGGCCAAGGCUGUGAGGCUACGCUUUGGGACCUCAGGCAGCCUGGCUGUAAGGUGGUGGAGUACCGGGGCCAUCGCGAGACCACCGCUUGCUGUGUGUUCCUGCCCUCCAGCCCCGGGGGCCCUGCGCUCGUAGCGUCCUCCUCUCAUGACUGCUCAGUCAAAAUCUGGGAUCAAAACACUGCAGCCUGUCUGACCACUCUGACCCUGGAUGGAUCAGGUCCUUUGGUGUCUUUGGCCCCAAGUGACUCCAGCAGUCUGCUGUGUGCCAGCUUUAACACAGGGCUCCACAUACUCCACCAUCACAAGGAUGGGCUGGACCUAAAGGAGGUGGCGCGCUUCUGAUGAGGGCACAGGACCGGUGCCGGCACGGUAACCCGAAAACCCAUUACACUGUGGGCCACACAGACCUCCAAGCCAGCGGGGCCCUUUAAGUCAGAUGGACACGAUCAGGAGACACCAUCCCUGGGUCAACUGAUGGGAGAAGACCCCUGCGAGUCGUUCUAAAUCAGGGCGAGCCCUAGACAUUGUACUCAGAGCAUCAGGCGGGGCCCAGCUGCUUCUGGACAACAGAAAUGUUUUGUAUGUUUGGAGACUAAGUGGAUAGUGAUAGCUUUAGCACGUACAAUUAGCCAAAUUAAGUAGACAAUUGUGGAAUGGUUAACCAGAUAGUUGAGGAAAACCUGUAACCACUAUAAAAUAGAGUGGGCAGAUAAAUCAUGAAUCGUUUAGAGCAGGGGUGUAUUCACUAGGAACCAAACGGGCCCGAAACGUGGAGGGACUAAUCCUGAACUUGUCCAAUAAGAGCAAAUGUUCAUUGCAAAAUAUUCAGUUGCAAAAAUGCAUUUUGCUUCGGUGUGCACUAAUGAAUACACCCCAGUCGUGUCCAUACUCUAAUAAAGUGUCUACAUCAGACCGGACUAAGGUGAAACUUUACAGGAGGACAGUGACAUUUACGUUCUUACGACAGUUUAUUUGAAAUGGCUUCACGACCCCAUUUUUAUAACUUACCAAAUUUUAUCCGCCGCUUUUAUCCAAAGUGAUGACUUAGUCAUGCGUGCAUAUUUUUUUUUUUUUUUUUUAACGUAUGAGUGGUGCCGGGAAUCGAACUCACUAUCCUGGUGUGGCAAGCGCCAUACUGAGCUACAGCGCAACUCGGCAGUGCUAAUGUCGACCCAGCUUGUGAUACUCGACUUCUGUGACAUACUCCGUUAUUACGCUGGCAAAAAUUGGAACUUAUGGAAUGCAAUCUAUUUGUAUUAAACUGACCUGAGAUACUGCCACACUGUAGGUCAGCGUUUGCCAAACUAGGGGUCGCGACCCCCUAAUGGGGUCACCAGUUUUGAAAAAUAGGGGUCUCGAGAGAAACUCUGAAAUAAAAUGUUCCAUUUGCGCUUGGUUAAUAGGAGGUGGGAUUACAUCAGUAACCUCCGGUAGUCGCUAGAUAUGGUUGUAAUAAACAGAGCGGUUCUGUUUUCUUCCUACAAAUGUGGCUCCAUCUUUCGAACGGUUUAAGCUACAAAAUAUUAUGACCCCCCCCAAUCACUGAAUGAUAAGACUCUAAGGAACACACGUGUGUCUUCCCUUCUGCAAUGCCCACAAGCAGAACUCAUUAGAACAGCGUGGACAAGCAGAACUCAUUAGAACAGCGUGGACAAGACCAAGCACUAAAUCAGACUGGGGGGGGGAAUAACAUCAAUGACGAUGUAACUUUCUUCACAGAAAAACAUACAGUAUAAAAUGAUUGGCUGAUGAUCUUCUGAACUUCCCAAUGCAUUUCAAAACAUAUGUCCUUCAGAUUGAAAUACUGUCAAUAGUACUGUCAGACUGAUUUGUAAUAGACUGUCAUAGGCCCAUAUUUAAAAAGUUAACCAUGGCUGUUGAUUACAUCACUUUUUUUAUUUUUUUCAUUUUUUUUUUUCAAAUAUUGGGGUCGCGAAAACAUUUUUCAUAUCCAAGUGGGAUCGCGGGUCAAAACAGUUUGGGAAUCCCUGCUGUAGAUAGUUACCUCUGAGGAAUUGGAUAGGCACGGAGAGACACUAUACCAACACAUCACGAAAGGGCUUUAGCUACAGGAGUUAACUCGUCAGUCACAAGGCUAACACAUUCGGAUGGGAACACAUCCCAUACAGUUUCAAGUUUUAAUGUCAUGUGCACAAGUACAGUGAAAUGCUCCAAUUGUAGCACACAAAAAAAAGAACACAAGGUAGAAAAUAACAAGAACAAAGUAAGAAGCUACAGUGGGGCAAAAAAGUAUUUAGUCAGCCACCAAUUGUGCAAGUUCUCCCACUUAAAAAGAUGAGGCCUGUAAUUUUCAUCAUAGGUACACUUCAACUAUGACAGACAAAUUGAGGAGAAAAAAAAUCCAGAAAAUCACAUUGUAGGAUUUUUAAUGAAUUUAUUUGCAAAUUAUGGUGGAAAAUAAGUAUUUGGUCACCUACAAACAAGCAAGAUUUCUGGCUCUCACAGACCUGUAACUUCUUCUUUAAGAGGCUUCUCUGUCCUCCACUCGUUACCUGUAUUAAUGGCACCUGUUUGAACUUGUUAUCAGUAUAAAAGACACCUGUCCACAACCUCAAACAGUCACACUCCAAACUCCACUAUGGCCAAGACCAAAGAGCUGUCAAAGGACACCAGAAACAAAAUUGUAGACCUGCACCAGGCUGGGAAGACUGAAUCUGCAAUAGGUAAGCAGCUUGGUUUGAAGAAAUCAACUGUGGGAGCAAUUAUUAGGAAAUGGAAGACAUACAAGACCACUGAUCAUCUCCCUCGAUCUGGGGCUCCACGCAAGAUCUCACCCCGUCGGGUUUAAAUGAUCACAAGAACGGUGAGCAAAAAUCCCAGAACCACACGGGGGGACCUAGUGAAUGACCAGCAGAGAGCUGGGACCAAAGUAACAAAGCCUACCAUCAGUAACACUACGCCACCAGGGACUCAAAUCCUGCAGUGCCAGACGUGUCCCCCUGUUUAAGCGAGUACAUGUCCAGGCCCGUCUGAAGUUUGCUAGAGAGCAUUUGGAUGAUCCAGAAGAAGAUUGGGAGAAUGUCAGAUGAAACCAAAAUAUAACUUUUUGGUAAAAACUCAACACGUGGUGUUUGGAGGACAAAGAAUGCAUCCAAAGAACACCAUACUGUGAAGCAUGGGGGUGGAAACAUCAUGCUUUGGGGCUGUUUUUCUGUAAAGGGACCAGGAUGACUGAUCUGUGUAAAGGAAAGAAUGUAUCGUGAGAUUUUGAGUGAAAACCUCCUUCCAUCAGCAAGGGCAUUGAAGAUUAAACGUGGCUGGGUCUUUCAGCAUGACAAUGAUCCCAAAGACACCGCCCGGGCAACAAAGGAGUGACUUUGUAAGAAGCAUUUCAAGGUCCUGGAGUGGCCUAGCCAGUCUCCAGAUCUCAACCCCAUAGAAAAUCUUUGGAGGGAGUUGAAAGUCCAUGUUGCCCAGCAACAGCCCCAUAACAUCACUGCUCUAGAGGAGAUCUGCAUGGAGGAAUGGGCCAAAAUACCAGCAACAGUGUGUGAAUACCUUGUGAAGACUUACAGAAAACGUUUGACCUCUGUCAUUGCCAACAAAGGGUAUAUAACAAAGUAUUGAGAAACUUUUGUCAUUCACCAAAUACUUAUUUUCCACCAUAAUUUGCAAAUAAAUUCAUUAAAAAUCCUACAAUGUGAUUUUCUGGAUUUUUUUCUCUCAUUUUGUCUGUCAUAGUUGAAGUGUACCUAUGAUGAAAAUUACAGGCCUCUCAUCUUUUUAAGUGGGAGAACUUGCACAAUUGGUGGCUGACUAAAUACUUUUUUGCCCCACUGUAUAUACAGGGUCAGUUCCAAUACCAUAUUAACAAUAUGCAGGGAUACUGGAGUGAGAGGUAGAUAUGUAUAGGGGUAAGAUGACUAGGCAUCGGGAUAUAUGAUAAACAGUGUAGCAGCAGCGUAAAUGAUGAUUGUAUGCGGGUGUGUGUGUGUACGUGACUGUAGAGUCCAGUGGGCAUAGUCUUGUGCAAAAAAAUAAAAAAUACACAGGUCAACUCAGAAGACCAUGUAGCCAUUUUGUUAGCUAUUUAGCAGUCUUACGGCUUAGGGAUAGCAGCUGUUCAGGAGCCUGUUGGUGUCAUACAAACAUACACUGAAUGAAAAAAUAUAAAGAGCAACAUGUAAAGUGGUGGUCCCAUGUUUUCAUGAGCUGAAAUUUAAAAAAAGAUCCCAGAAAUGGUUCCAUAUGAACAAAAUGCUUAUUUCUCAAAAAUGUUGUGAACAAAUUUGUUUUUACGUUCCUGUUAGUGAAUAUUUUAUCCUUUUGUCAAAAUAAUCCAUCCACCCGACAGGUGUGGCAUAUCAAGAAGCUGAUUUAAACCGCACGAUUAUAACACAGCAGCACAUUGUGCUGGGGACAAUAAAAGGCCACUCUAAAAUGUGCAGUUUUGUAACACAAUGCUACAGAUAUCAAGGUUUGAGGGAGCGUGCAAUUGGCAUGCUGACUGCAGGAAUGUCCACCAGAGCUGUUGCCAAAGAAUUGAAUGUCAAUUUCUCUACCAUAAGCCGCCUCCAACGUCGUUUUAGAGAAUUUGGAAGUACGUCUAACCGGCCUCACAACGGCAGACCACGUGUAACCACGACCUCCACACCCAGCUUCAUCACCUGCGGGAUCAUUUCUGUCUGUAAUAAAGCCCUUUUGUGGGGGGGGAAACUCAUUCUGAUCAGCUGGUCCUGGCUCCGCAGUGGGUGGGCCUAUGCCCUCCCAGGCCCACCCGUGUCUGCACCCCCACCCCGUGUCAUAUGAAAUCCAUAGAUUAGAGCCUAAAGGAAUUGAUUUCAAUUGACUGAUUUCCUUAUAUGAACUGUAACUCAGUAAAAAAUCUUUUAAAAUUGUUGCGUUUAUAUUUUUGUUCAGUAUGCAUACAAACAUUGCAUCAGUGUCAACCAUGAGUGGCAUAGUGAGGAGCCACAAGCAUGAGAUGCCACUGUUCUGUGUAAUAAUCAAUGAUGCUCUUGGUUGGAAUCUAACCGCCCCAUUGUCUCCUAUGGUUGCGUCACAAAUGGGACCCUAUACCCUAUAUAGUGCACUACUUUGGACCAGAGAUCUAUGGGCCCUGUUUAAAAGUUGUUGCACUAAACAGGGAAUAGGGUGUAAUUUGGGAUGCAAGCCAUAUUUGACUAGAAUAAGAGAAGGGGUGUGUGGGUCCCAUUGUGUUAGCUCUGUCUGUGUUGGUCUUUAUGUUUGAUCUAAUAAAUCUGAUUGUUACUGUAUGUUAGUCUUAUGUUUUACCAAUGCCAACACAUUCACUAAUCUCACCAGUGGAAUGACAAUGCUUCAAAGGUUGAAUUUUACCCUAUGUACUCUAGAUCUAAGAUUAGAACGACCUCCCCCAACCCUACUCCUUACAUUUCUCCUGUUCUCAUCUGUCACCAAUAAAAAAUAUUCAAAAACAUGAA